AUGGAGGCGCCGUCGGAGGGCAGCCCCCUCCUCGGGGCGGGCGCCCGCCGGCGGCGCGCGCCGGCCGUCGCGUUCGCCUGCGCCGCCGCCGCGGCCCUCGGCGUCGCCUACACGCACGCGACGCCCGCGCACGCGACCCCGUCCCUGCGCGCGACGACGACGACGGCGCAGUGGACGCCCUUCGAGAAGCCCUUCGUCGAGACCUGGUCCGCCGGCGACGGGAGCGUCGAAAUCGAGGAGCACCUCGUGCCCUACGGCUUCCUGAGCCAGGCGUACGCCUAUUGGCGCUGGGGCCUCAACGGCGCGCUCUCCUCGUCGGCGCGCGGCCCCUCCGCGACGAGCCACUUCUACCCGUCCGCGGCGCACCUCGCCCGCGCCGUCGAGCGCGGCGCCAUCGCGCGGCACGCCGUCGUCUACGUGGACGUGCGCUACGCGGCGCUCGACACGUCCUGGGACGCCAAGCGACUCGCGCGCGACUUUGGGCUGAAACCCAAGGCGCUCAACGCGCGCGGCGCGCGGUCGCCGGGCCUCGACGAGGUCGCCAUGGACCCGACCUGCGUCUACGACCACACGCCGGACCUCGUCAAGCGGUCGCGGCUCCUGCGGGCGCUGCUGGCGUACGACGAGCCGCUCACGAUCGUCGUCGCCGGAGACGUCGCGUGCCGCCUCAAGCUGCCGGCGACGCACCACGCCUACGUGCUGAGCGGCGACGCCGGCGCCGCGAGCUGCGCCGCCAACGGCGCCGCGUGGUUCCCCCAGGGCCUCGAGGGGCUGCCGAGCUACGGCUUCCGCGGCGGCGGGUCCCCCGAGACCGUCGCCGCCGCGGCGCCGCGGCCCUGGACGCCCCUCGCGGACCGGACCGCGCUCCUCGACGACGGCCUCAGCGUGAACCCGCGCAAGCCGAGCCGCGAAAAGCUCGUGAAGGCGCUCCGCGGCGGCCAGGGCGCGGCGCUCGAGGCCCUCGCGGCGCGGGGCGGCCGGGGGCUGCGAUUGGAAACGUCGCUCGCCGACGGCGGCGACGUCGUCUACGGCGAUUUAGGCGAGCCCGGCGACCACGACGGCGCCAUCGCGCGGUCCGUCUUCGCGCUCUGCGCCGCCGGCGACGUCUGGAGCAGCGGCCGCGUGCUCGGCGCGCUCCGCGUCGGCGCGAUCCCCGUCGUCGACGCGACGUACGCGACGGACGGCGGCGAGAGCGCCAAGGGCUGCGACGACCCCGCGCGGUUCUGGCGCGACGGCGGCGGCGGCUUCGACCGCGGCGCGCCCUUCGUCUUCGUCAAAGACUGGGACAACCUGGCGGAGGCGCUCGAGGGCUUCGGCGCGGCCGACGACGCCGUUUUAGAGACGCGCCUCGCGGACCUCGACGCGUACCGCGCCGCGCUCGAGGACCACCUCCGGGCCGUGCUGUUGGCGCGGCCGCCGGCGAAGACGCGAACCGCGUGCGCCGCGGCGCCGCUCUCGGCCGCCGACGAGCGCGACCAGCUCGCGGCCGUCGCCUCCUACUACGCGCGGGACUGGUACGGCGACCACGCCGACUCGCCCGCCGUGCCGGGCGCGACCUGCGGCACGACCCUGCCCACGGAGAUGGAGGGCGUCGACCUGGGCAUGCUCUGCUUCGACGCGGCCUGCGCGCCGCCCUCCGUCGCGGCCUUCGAGUGCCGGGACGCGUAA